GUGAUCUGCUUUUUUGAAAGAGCGUCCACACUGAAUGGACACCAUCUCACAUGCACCUUCAGCACUUCUGAGACUCAUUGAUGCAUCAGCGACUACAUGGCAGAUUUCAAUCUCACCCCAUCUGACACGUCGACAUUUUUCCUGGUGGGCAUCCCUGGCCUAGAAUUUGCCCACCUCUGGAUUUCCAUCCCUUUUGCUACAUGCUACAUUGUUGGCCUGUUUGCAAAUUCCAGCAUUCUGUUCGUUGUAAGGAAAGAGCAGACCCUGCACAAGCCAAUGUAUCUGCUCAUCUGCAUGCUGGCGCUCACCGACAUCGGCAUGUCCACCUCUGUCAUGCCAAAGACACUGUCAAUCUUUUGGUUCAAUCUGAAUGGCAUUACGUUGGAUGGCUGCCUUGCCCAGAUGUUCUUUUUUCAAGCGAUUUCUAUUGUGCACUCAGCCAUCCUGGUGACCAUGGCCUUCGAUCGCUACGUGGCCAUAUGUAACCCUCUGAGAUACCCCACCAUCCUCACCAACGCACGAACCGCUAAGCUAGGGCUAGUGGGAGUGUUCAGAGCUAUUCUCUUCUUUCUUCCUCUGCCCCUACUCCUGAGGAGGCUGCCUUUCUGUGACAACCGCAUUAUCCACCACACGUUCUGUGACCACAUGGCUGUGGCAAAGUUGUCAUGUGGGGACAUCACAAUAAACAGAAUUUACGGCAUGGUGCUGGCCCUUUUCAUCAUUGGGUGUGAUCUGAUGCUCAUUGGUCUGUCCUAUGGUUUGAUCAUCAGGGCCCUCUUCCGAAUCUCCUCCAAGAAAGCUCACCAGAAAGCCCUCAAUACCUGCACCGCCCACAUCCUCGUUAUAUUGAUGUCUUAUCCUCCUGGCCUCUUUGCCUCUCUGUCAUACCGAUUCAGCCAGGGCGUCGCUCCCCAUGUUCACAUCAUUUUCUCAAACAUCUACUUUGUCACCCCCCCCAUGUUCAACCCCAUUGUUUAUGGAGUGAAUACCAAGGAGCUUCGUGAGAAACUGGUCAAAUAUAUCUGCAGAAUGUGA